UCGGUGUGGCCACAUCUGAGGCGAGUCAUGUCGUCCUCCGCUUCCGCCGCCGUUCUCCGCCGCCUCGGCGACCGGCUGGGCCUCCGCCGCCUGGCGACGCUCCCCGACUAUGCCGCCGGGGAAGCGGAGCGGCCGCACCACCCGACCUCGAAGGACGCCUACUUCGCGGCGGUCCACCACCUCUCCACCAUCGUGCGGCGCGACUUCUACCUGGAGCGCACGCUCAACCGGCUGCGCCUCCCCUCCCCCUUCCCGCCGGACCUCGCGCUGCGCGUCAUCCGCGCCGCCGCUCCCGCCGAGCCCCUCCACGCCGCGCGCUUCCUCGCGUGGCUCCGCGCCAAGCCCAACUUCUCGCCGUCCGCCGAGCACUUCGACGCGCUGCUCCUCCCGCUCGCCCGCGCCCGCCUCUUCACCCACCUCUGGACCCAGGCCUCCAACAUGCGCGCGCUCGGCCUUCCCCUCUCGCCCUCCACCUUCUCCGCCGUCAUCUCCUCCUACGGCCACUCCCGCCUCGCCGAGCAGGCCGUCGAGGUGUUCAACCGCCUGCCCCAUUUCGGCUGCCCGCAGACCACCCAGGUCUACAACGCCCUCCUCGACGCGCUCUGCGCCAACGGCAACUUCGUCGGCGCCUACAAGCUCAUCCGCCGCAUGGAACGGAAGGGCGUGGCGCCCGACCGCGCCACCUUCAGCACCCUCGUCGAUGCCUGGUGCGCGUCGGGGAAGCUCCGGGAGGCGCAGGCGUUCCUCGAUGACAUGGCCACCCGCGGCUUCCGGCCGCCGGUGCGUGGCCGGGACCUGCUCGUCGACGGGCUCGUCCGAGCUGGGCAGCUGGAGGAGGCCAAGGCAUUCGCCCUCCGGAUCACCAAGGAGGGCGUCCUCCCUGACGUGGCCACAUUCAACUCGCUCGCCCAGGCGCUCUGCGAUUCUGGUGAUGUGGAGUUCGCCGUCAAUCUUCUUGCCGAUGCUUCCAGUCGUGGCCUGUGCCCGGACAUCUCAACUUACAAAGUCAUGCUGCCAGCUGUGGCCAAGGCUGGCCGAAUCGAGGAGGCGUUCCGGCUGUUCUAUGCGGCUGUCGAGGAUGGCCACAGGCCAUUUCCGAGCCUCUACGCAGCGAUCAUCAAGGCGCUCUGCAAGGCGGGUCGCUUCGCUGAUGCAUUCGCCUUUUUUGGCGAUAUGAAAUCUAAGGGCCACCCACCUAAUCGGCCUGUGUAUGUGAUGCUUGUCAAAAUGUGUGUCAGGGGUGGCCGGUUCUUGGAUGCUGCAAACUACCUUCUUGAGAUGAGUGAAGCUGGAUUCGAGCCACGGGCGCCAACCUUUAAUGUUGUAGUCGAUGGGCUGCGGCAUCUUGGGAAACACGACAUAGCCCGGAGAAUGGAGCAGCUUGAGAUGUCACUCAAGGAAACUAAACAAAUCGGGAAUUAGAUGCAGUUCAUUUUGGGGCGCUGCAAAUUACAUGGCAAAGGUUCUGAAUCUUCCCAGUGUUCCAGCUUUGCUUUGGCCUUCUUGAGCAUCAGAUACUCUCCUGCCAGGCAGUUGGUGGCUUGGUGCCUUGAUGUGCGAGCACAACUUUGCUUCUACCAGGCAGAACUGGACUUACCUCACAGUGUUGCAAGCUAGUCUGCAGCAAGAUCACGAGAACAGUGACUUCUUCAAAGAUUUAACCUUCUGACAAUGAACUUUCGAGGUGCACCCAACAUGAUCAAAGAUGAAUGAAAGUAUGUUCUUUACAUCAUGUGGCCAUGCUGAUUACAGGCCACUGUGUCUCGUGAACAUGUUAUACCAGUAACAUCCCUCUGAUUUGGGCAUGUACUGCUCAGCUACUUGGAAAAGGAAGUUGCCUUGUGUUGGAUUGACA